AUGAUCUAUUCCGCUGGUUUUGAUACCGUGGCCGAUCAGCUAGCUUUGGCUGUCUUUGUCUGUGCAGGUGUUGCUCGACUCGCAAGAUUCAACAUUGCCGCGCACUUGGUGCCCAAGAGCGAUCAGGGCAAAGCGAUGUACCAUGAGGGUCUUCCUACAGCAUAUGCGGCUCUUCUCAUUUCUACAGCGGUUGCUGUUGCGGAGUGGACAGGCUGUUUGACAAACUUGGCUUCUGGCUCUCAUUACCCACCCAUUAUUGUUGUGCUCAUGUUCAGCGCCGCCAUGAGCUGUGCUGUGGUGAGAGGUGGAUGUUGA